AUGCACUUGCAGCGAUCUAUUGUGUUCGUCAGCCUUUGCGUGGGCUUGGUCUUCUCAGGCUUAGCCCGGGCUCAAACAUAUCAUUGUAACCACACUAGCACUUGCUACAACGGCGCUUGCUGUGGCUUCUCUGACGGCGAGGGUGUCUGUGGGUAUGGCGAUAGCUGGUGUGGUGAUACUUGUAUCAGCAACUGUGACGCCAAAGCCGAGUGUGGAAAAGACGCGGAGGACCCAUCUGCAAACUGCCCAUUGAAUGUCUGCUGUUCACCCUUUGGGUUCUGCGGCACAACUGAGGAAUUCUGCGGCAAGGGCUGUCAGGGAGACAACUGUGGAGAUAUCACGCGACCUUCCUGCCAAACCAACGAUGUAUUCAAGACCAAAAUCGGAUACUAUGAGUCUUGGGCCAGUGGAAGAUCUUGUGAUGGGUUCCGACCCAACGACAUUGCCGUCUCGUCAUUGACACACAUCAACUACGCAUUUGCGGAAUUCGAGCCAAACAACGCCGACAACACAUCAUGGGGAUUUGAACUCAUGGAAGAUGGCGUGAAUGAGCCGAAAAGCCUGGUGGAAGAGUUCAUCGGAUUGAAGAAAAAGAACCCAUCUCUGUCCUGCUAUAUCUCUGUUGGAGGAUGGUCUUUUGAGGAUCCACCCAGACAGCUGUAUUGGUCUGAGAUGGCUGCUACAUCAAAGGGCCGAAAGUCUUUCUCAAAGAAUCUCCUGGAAUUCAUGCAGAAAUACGGCUUCGACGGUGUCGAUCUCGACUGGGAAUAUCCUGUUGCCUCAGAGCGAGGCGGCAUGAAAGACGAUAAAGACAACUAUGUCCUGUUGAUCAAAGCGCUGCGAGAGGAGUUUGACGACUCGGGUGAAUCCUAUGGCAUUACAUUCACUACCCCAUCAAGCUACUGGUAUCUGCAGCACUUUGAUGUUCCUGGAAUGUUGGACGCAGGUGCAGAUUGGACAAAUGUCAUGUCCUACGAUCUACAUGGUGUCUGGGAUAAAAACGACGAUUGGAUUGGAUCGGUCAUGCACGGUCAUACUAACAUGACCGAGAUUAUAGAGGCAUUGGAUCUCUUCUGGAGAGUGGGAGUCGAUCCCUCUAAAGUCGUCAUGGGAGUUGCUUUCUAUGGUCGGUCUUUCACAAUGUCGGAUACAAGCUGCAUUUCUCCUGGUUGUGCAUUCUCUGGCGCGGGGACUGCUGGGCCUUGUACGAAUUCCCCGGGGACUCUAUCCUAUAAAGAAAUCACGGAGGCGAUUGAUGAAUAUUCUGCUGUGACGUUCUACGACGAAGAUGAUGCGGUAGAGUAUGCAAUCUUCGAUGACGAUCAAUGGGUGUCAUAUGAUACAAAUGUGACAUUCAAGCAGAAAAUUCGCUAUGCGAACAAGGUCUGUCUGGGAGGUAUUAUGAUCUGGUCUGUUGAUCAAGAUACAUAUAAAUGGGAUGCCAUGACGGCUUUGCUAGACAAGGACGUCAGUAGUGACACUUUGGUGUCAGGGAGCACUGAUUCCAAGGAGCGAGCAGACAAAUACGCGGCGUACACUGGUACCAAUUGUUACAUCACUGACUGCGCUGUCUGGAACUCUGGGCAGUGCAAGGAUGGGUACAGCGUCCUUGACUACGUGCACAAGGGAGAGAGGGGAGUCAUCGAUGACCCAGAUGAUGAACUCUGCAAAACUGGGGCCGAAGGAGAUCGAGACGCAGAGUACCGACUUAUUUGCUGCCCCACCGACGCCAUGCCUGAAGGAUGCGCUUGGCGAGGUACUUCUGAUGACGGGGUCUGUACUGGCGGCGAAAGUGACACAUGCGGUGACAGCAGUUUUGAAUUGGUAGCUGAUACCUACAUGGAUCGCACCGGUGACGACUUUUGCAGCAUCGGCAAGCGAUCGCUUUGUUGCAACGAGAACCCGGAGCUCACGAAGUGCCACUGGACGCCAUGCAAUCCAAGUGAGGACGACUUUGAUGACUGGACCAGUGACAUAGUGUCUUUCUAUGGUGGAACAAAUUUCUACCAAGAUAGUGAACGGUGCCCUGGACCUGGUGGCUUAGGGCAAUCAUUUUGGACUUGUCCCUCAGAAGACACAUACAAAAGCUGUGAAUGGAAGCAUUGUGUUGAAAGUUGCCCCAAUGAUAAAGUUCUAAUUUCCCAAAGAAGGGAGAUUGGACACAACACCUCAAUGUUGACUAGCGACUGCUCGCCUCUACAAACCCAUGGCAUAAACAUGCUGUGUUGUGAUCCCCCCGACGCGGCAGACAGCGCACCGGUCGACCCAAAGAAACUUUUCAAGUAUCCAGAUGAGGAUGAUGUGAGUUACUACUACAAUGUCGAAAAGUCCAGCAACGAUGCCGACACCGAUGAUGAGAUCACUGAUCCGUUCGCUUUUGUCAUGAUUGAUGGCGAUGUUGACUCUUACUCCGAGUCACUGGUUGAUAAAUGGUCCUUCUUGACGGACGAAGAGACUUUAUCCAAGCGCAACCUGAAAGUUCAUAAGAGAGAUCACAUUUUCGAGUACCGUGAAGAUACCUUCGAUAAUGCCGUUGAAGUCUACCACAUCAGAUGUACCUCUGACGGAUGUGAUGAUAUUUUUAAGGGUGGUGCACCCAGCACAAUUGUCAAAAUGCCCACAGAUAUUGGUGCUGGCCCAUAUGCGAGGGUUAUUAGCCUUACACCAUGGGGAUCAUCCACACAAAACCUGAAGCCACGAAGUGCUGACAAGGAAUACGAAAUGACCGUGGACUACGAUUUCAAGGCCGCCUCACCGGAGAAGAAAGGAAACGUCAAUUUCAGAGUUGAUUAUACCAAUCUUCAAGAGUACUGGAAUGAGAUUACCGAUGCACCUGCCUCGUCUAGUCGCAAGAGAUGGUAUGGAUCUUUUGACGACUGGUUGGCCAAGAUGACCACCAUUGUGCAAGAUGAAGUUGGUUCUCUUCCUCUUGAGUUCGAGGAGACCAUGAAGCUUUACCACGCCGAAAAGUAUUGCCCAAAGCUCAACAUAAACGCCACAUUUGAUAUUGAUGCUUCAAUCAAAUUGGGACUCGAUGCCCAGUAUGGCUACUACUUUGAGGGUGCUAUUUUGCCUACCCCGUCGCUCAUUGCUUCAUAUGGUUAUUUCUCAAUUCAUCCUGCUGCCGCGAUCCUCCUCACCCUCCGAGCGGAGGCUGUGAUGCAGUCCAACUCCGACCGAGUGGAACUGCUGUCAGCUGGCUUCCCUGGUCUUUCCAUUAAGGGUCUCAUUAGUGUUGGCCCAGAGCUUUCGCUUAACGGACAGCUUGAUGCUUCAUUGAAGGUUUCAGGAGAGCUCAAUGCCGGAGUGUCUGUCGGAUGGGAGCGUACUGAGUUCUAUUUCCCUCAAGACGAAGCUGCUAAAAAGGCGGAUAUUGCGCCUAAGGAUUUGAAAGAUGACGACCAAACUUUCUCAUUUGAGCCAGUUUUUGAUGCUCAAUUGACUGCCGAGGGAAACAUGGCUCUCACGCUCACUCCCGAGGUUCGAUUUGGUAUUUCUGUGUUGGGAGGAGACUUGAUGUCUGGACAGGUGACAGCUGGUAUUGAUAACACGAUUUCCAUGGGAAUCAAUGCUACCGCCCACGUCGACAAAGAUGGAAAGACAGGUGCCGGAUUCUGCUACUGGGCAGACUUCGUCUACACUAUUUUCCUUCGUGCGGAUAUGAACUUCAUCGGGGAUCUCGCCUAUUGGGGAGAUCGAUUGGACGUCGCAUCGCCAAAAGAUCCUCUCGUGUUGGUCGACCAGACGUGUCAGACAUACAGCUCUGACGAUGCCAAGAGUAAACGUGACGACAGUGAUCCCGGUACUUUGGUUGAAAAGACGGACAAAAAGGCAUGCUUUGGUGGCCUGAUCGCAUGUUCUGAUACCGAGGAGGACAGCUGCUCGGCCUCUGACGAUGAUGGCGGUAAUGGCGAUGAUAACACUGAUUCCAAAGUGUCAAAGAGAGCUGCAUCCUGUGAUCGCCCAGCUUUCUGGUACAACUGCGACUUCUUCGGAGACCAAUGGGUUCCGAAUCACAACCCCAACGUCGCGGCGUCGCAUGUUGCCUUCAAGGGCAUCUGUUCGAAUAUACGUGACUACCUGCAGACGCACAACGGACCGGGAAUUGGUAACAACUGGAUGAAUUUGGACUACAAGGAUGCCGCCGGCAAUACCAAUCGAGGUGCGGCGUGCGGGCAAGCCGGCCCUGAUUCCACCAAGGCUUGUGCAGAGAAGAAACGUGCCUUGUGGUCUACUGCUGCGCAACAUGCCUUCGAAAACGACCCAAAUGGCCAUUACCACACGCAAGGUUGGAGUGAAUCCAUUUCUUGCGAUGAAUUCCCUUUCCACUCAGCCACACAAGGAGGCACAGGCGCUUCAACUGCUUGCACGCCCAAAGAGCAACAGGAUUAUCAAAAAGUCCUCAAUGGAAUCAUACCCCGCAUCAGAGACACGACAUUCAACAAGCAAGCAUGGGGAGAUUAUAGUGGCGCCUGGGGCGGGAAGCCCAGAUCAUACACCGUCAACCUCAUGUACGGACACCAGGGCAACGCAAUCGGUACAAAAGGAGGGCAUAUCUCGCAGAAUAGCCCCUACCCAGUGGCGAUUGUCUUGGGUGGUGUUAACCUCCUUGAAAUUCCACACUUGACGUUGAAGAAAACCGCCAGGAGUACCGCCAAAAAUUCAGUUUGUCAAAUUGAGCCUACCCAAGCGCUUGAUGAAGCGGAUAACAUCUACAAAUAUGAAAUAGCAGCAUGCGACGUCACAUACGUGGACUCUGCGAAUCCCACGAAGCGCAAUGUUGAUGACUGGGAGAUAGAAAGCAUUACGCUCCCCGACGACUGGAAAGAGACAGCAAUCUCUGUUUCCAAAGACGACCCGGAAGGACUUGCUCAAGCUUUCUUUGAGCAGCUAGAUAUUUCCGAUAAUUCAGAGAAAGAGGCCCAUGUGGAACACUUGAGCCGGCACAAACGUAGCCACUCUCAUGACCAUGGCCACAAGCACUGA